AAAAUUCCUUUCUUCUUGUAGUGAGUAGUGAAAAAUAAUCGCUGUAUUUCUACAAUAUUUUAGGAGGUAGAAAUCUAAUAAAAAUUAUAUUUGAUUUAAACUAAAACUUUCAUAAAAAUGGCAGAACCAGAAGUAGUUGAUUUGGAUCUCACAAUCGAUGAUUUAGUACCAAAAAGUCCUGAAAGAAUUGCAGAAGAGAAAAAAGAAAGUGGAAAUCACUUAUACAAAUUUAAAAAUUACACAGGAGCUCUGGCCAUGUAUGAGGAAGCAAUAAAAUUAUGUCCAGAAAAUGCAUCAUACUAUGGAAACAGAUCAGCAUGUUAUAUGAUGCUUGGAAUGUACAAAAAAGCAUUAGAAGAUGCACAAAAAUCUAUUGCUCUUGAUCCUACAUUUACUAAGGGAUACAUAAGAAUUGCUAAAUGUUGCAUAGCACUUGGUGAUUUGACUGGUGGUGAGCAAGCUGUUAAAAAAGCUGCUGAACUUGGUGGUGCAGAUUGUGCUUCAAAUGAGAAACGAGCUUUGGAAUCUCUCCGAAAAUUGCAUGAUGAUGCACAAAAGGCAUUAGAAAGUGGUGAUUAUAGAAGAGUAGUUUUCUGUAUAGAUCGUUGCCUUGAGUACAGUCCUUCAUGUUCCAAAGCCAAAUUAAUGAAAGCGGAAUGUUUAGCCUUACUUGGCAGAUCUGGGGAAGCUCAAGAAAUCGCUAAUGAUGCACUUAGAUCGGAUAGUUUCGACACUGAUGCAAUUUACGUCAGGGGACUGUGUCUGUAUUUUGAGGAUAAAGAUGACCAAGCAUUCAAACAUUUCCAACAAGUUCUACGACUCGCACCUGACCACAAAAAGGCAUUCGAGGCAUACAAGAGGGCUAAGCUAUUAAAACAAAAAAAAGAGGAAGGUAAUGAGGCAUUCAAAAUGGGCCGAUGGCAGCAAGCUUUGAAUCUCUACAACGAGGCUCUUAAAAUUGACAAGACCAACAGAAAGGUGAAUGCCAAGUUGUACUUCAACAAGGCAACAGUAUGUGCCAAACUGAACCAGACACAAGAAGCGGCCAAUGCGUGUACAGCAGCUCUUGAGCUCGACGAAAACUACGUAAAAGCGAUACUUCGCCGCGCUAAAUGCUAUACGGAGCUUGGUGAAUUCGAAGAGGCUGUAAAGGACUAUGAGAGACUGUACAAAAUAGAUAAAAGCAAAAUAAACAAACAAUUGUUGACUGAAGCGAAAAUUGCAUUGAAAAAAUCCAAACGCAAGGAUUACUACAAAAUUCUCGGUGUUGAAAAGUCUGCAUCAGAAGAUGAGAUUAAGAAGGCUUACAGAAAACGCGCCCUGGUCCAUCACCCGGACAGACACGCGAGCGCAUCUGACUCCGACCGCCGAGAACAAGAGAAACGCUUUAAGGAAGUCGGCGAGGCAUACGGCGUUCUCAGCGAUCCUAAAAAACGUGCUCGCUACGACCACGGACAAGAUCUCGAUGGCGAUAGCUCCGGUGUUGACAUUGAUCCAAACGUCGUGUUCCAGUCAUUCUUCCGAGGCAGCGGCUUUGACUUCCAAGGAACCCCAUACACCGGAAACGUUUUCAAUUUUCAAUUUGGUUAAUUUCUCUCAAUCACCUUAAUUCAUACAGUUAUACAUACUUACGGUUUAUCAUAGAAAUUGUCUGAAGUAUUUGCCAUUCCACUAAACUUAUUGGUUAAAAUAAACUACAUUUAUAGAUUUUUUUUUCAUAUGAUGCUUUAAAUAAUUAAAACCAAAAACUUAUUUAUAUUAUAAUAUUAAGGCGGUAUGACUAAACAAUACUGUCUACUCUAUCGCGAUCACAAGUAAAAAAUGUUACUUGUAGAGUUAUUAAUGGGUUAAAAUGCUGUUACAAUAGCACUAGGAUGAAUAAUUUAAAUUAACAAUGAAUUAAAUAGUAACAUAUAUCUUGUUUUAAAUUUAUUACAAAGAACAGAAACAAUAGAAAAAAUUAUUAUUGCCAAACUCAGAAAGUCCCUACUUCCUAUGACUGAUGCUUCCUUAAGUCAAUCUCUAGACGGAUAUAAUAAUAAUUAGUUUUUUCAGACCAUUGUCCCUAUUUUACAUUUAAAAAAAUUGAAAAGCGUAAAUAACAUUAAUUUUUAAACAUAUGAUAAUAUUAUUAAUAUUGUAGUUUUAUACUGGCAACAUUUAAUUGACAUUCCGACUGACCGGACUAGCAGCCGUGGUCAUGCAACAAAUUAAAACAAAAAUUUAAGACGUCAUAAAUGUCAUUCAUUAUAAUGAAUACGUCAGUAGACCCUGACUCGAACUGAGCUUUAUUAAAUUAUGUAAUAACUUGGGAGUUUUGAUUAUAUUGUGACGUCAGUUGACAUCUGACCGCUGCUGGACAUAUUAUUUCCUUUACCGAAUAGGAACGACCAUUCGUCUCAUUACCACACGCGCCACCACCCCUCUCGUAAUGAUCUGCUUCUAGUUACUAUUAAAGGAAUUAAUGGUGUAUUUCACUAGUUUUGGGAUAUCAAAUAAUUCCAUUAGUGAAAGAUUUAUUUUAUUAAAAAUUCUUAUACUGACAUCAAAACACGACUAUGAAAGGUGCAGAGAUUGAUAGAAACAUGGUUAUAUACUUGUAAAAAACGGAUCUAGCCGAAAUCCAGUACGUUUUAAGCACUCUUCACUUUCAAACUUAGCCGGAUUAUACUUCGACGCCAUAUUGUAAUUAUUAUUUCGAACUUGUCAAAUUUCACUGGACGUUUCAUACUAACAAUUUUUACUGAGGCAGUCCCGCUUUUUAUUACGUAGUAUUUACAUUCUCUUUGGAGACAAUCAUGAGUGCGGUAAAGACAAUUGCAGCUACGACUAAAAUCAUAUCAGGGUUUCGUAUCUAUCGAUAUAGUUUUUAUCGCUAAAUUUAUAUACGUGUAGGUAUCAAACAUAGUAUAUAGCUAUAAACAUCAAUAUUAAAACAAAAAAAUGAGGUACUAUAGAAUUGUAACUAAGUCCGAUAUAAUAUGGAUGAUCCCAAAUAAUGAAUACCAUUAAUUCGCGAAAUUUAUAUAAAAUUAUGAAUAGUGCUUUUCAGGAAACAAACCGUCGAGAAGUGGAGAAGAAAGUUAGCAAUUUAUUUUAUAUUAUAACAUCCAAAAUGUACGGAAAGUAUAUUAAAAAUUUCCGGAGAACUUAUUAGCUACAUUUAAUUCGUUCGAUAGUGAUUAAACUAAUUGAACUGAAAUUAGCGAUAGUACCUGUCCUGCAGUAUGAUGUGAGACUAGUAGUGAGAGUUAACAUUUACGAGACUGCGAGUGCGUCUUUUUAUAACCAGUUGUUUGGCUCUAUUGAAACCUCAUGCCUAACUUGUUUUUAUUUACUAAAAAAGGUCGAGAUGUGUAGAAUAGUUAAGAUAUCGUCAAUAUGCACAUUGUAUUAUUAUUAUACCGGAUAAUUAACAAAUAAAAAAGGAAGGUAAAACAUAUAAACGUCUGCCUAAAUCUGUGGACAUAUUUUAUUAGUGAAAUUGUAGGAAUCUUUCAGGUAGCGGGGUGUGAGAAAUGCUGGGUGAGGGAUGCUAAGUCAGGUCAGCCUAGCAAUUCACGAACAGAAUUGUGAAUGGUGCACUGCAUAAUUUUUUUAAUAUGAAUAAUAUAAACGCCGAAAUGAAAUAAAUCGAAAGUGUUAAAAACCGUUAAAUUUCGGAUCUCCCAAGCUCGAGUAAAAAGUAACAAAAAUUAUAUUAUCUAUUUGGGUUAUAAUAACGUCGUAUUCCACAUAAUAGGGAGAUCUAUAGUUUAGUUUCGUAGAUUGCUAAUGUUACUUUUGCAUAACGUAGAAUAGUUUGUUCUAUGAUUUAAUUUUACUUGUCUGAAUAAAAAAAUCCAACAAAA